AUGGAAAGACAAGAUAUUGUUGAACAACGUAAAAAGUAUUUGAAACGAAAGAAAGAAAUUGAUGCCACCAAUAAAAAUGUAGUGUUUUUGGACGAAACUUGGGUCAAUAAAAAUCACCAAAAGCAAAAGGUUUGGACCGACGGUACCGUCAAAUCGACACCAAAUUGCAAAAUCGGAAAGGGUGAUCGUUUAAUUAUCACGCACGCUGGAUCCAAGGACGGAUUCGUGCCGAAUGUUUUAAAUAUCUUUUGUUCAAAUACCGGACAAGCGGAUUACCAUCAAGACAUGAAUGCAGAAUAUUUUGAAAAAUGGUUUGUUGAGCAACUUUUAGUAUCAUUGGAAGAGCCAAGUGUCAUAAUUAUUGAUAAUGCCAAAUACCAUUCAAGGAGAGUCGAUGCUGUACCUACGUCCAGUUCGAGAAAAGGCGUCAUAAUAGAAUGGCUAACCAGCAAAAAAAUCAACUUCCCUCAAAAUGCAACCAAAGUUCAACUAUACGACAUAGUUAAAGCUUUUAAGCCAUUCAAUGUUGAGUACUAUAUUGACAAAAUUGCAGAAGAGUAUGGUCAUGAAGUUCUAAGGCUCCCUCCUUAUCAUUGUAUCUUUAACCCGAUCGAACUGAUUUGGAAUAACCAGUGA